UUCUAUGAUGGUGAAAGUGGCACUGGUUAUUUAGCAUGGAGGCUCAAAACCAUCCAGAGGAGGAGUGCUUCAUCAGAGACCAGAAGGUCAUCACAUAAGCUGUCUGGUGGAGGACCGACAGCUAGAAGAGAUGCUUCAUUUAGUCCUGAGACGACCCUGAGUGAAGAGCAAUGCAAGGAGGCCAUGUCCUUCAUGAAAUAUUCUUCUGAUGAGGCCAUUAUCAAGCAGAAGAUGAAGAUGACGUUUGAAUAUCGUCGUAAUAUGGUUCUCGACGAUGAGAAAUCCUCGGACGUCUUGACUGAAUUUCCGCGCUUCAAAGAUGUCAAAGGCCUGAUUGAGCAAGAUUUCAUCCUGCAGUUUGGAGAAGAUGUAGCUGCCAAGUUUUUGGAGAGGUGGCCUACUACAUUUAAACAAAAGGUCAUCCAGCAGAGCAAGGCUCUCCCUACCACAAGUGACCUUGAAGAACUGAUUUAUUGUGCAGAAGCUCCAUCAAGUGAAAAGGAAUUGGAUGAUGCCAAUGUUGACUCUGGAUGGGACAGUGAUCUAUCUUCCAUUAUCCUCCUCCUCCACCUGAUUCCUCCUUCAGCCCAAGGCCGGAAAAGACCAGGCAAGGUGUCCGCAACCCAGGCUGAGAAGCAUCUUGUUGUGUUCAAGAAGAGUGGCACAAGCAUCCAGGAACAUGUUGAUGCCAUCAACAGCACCACUCAACCCUAUCUUCUUGCCGUUGGGAUGAAGAGGAGCACCAUCCAUGAGUUUUUCAUCGUUCUGGACAAGCAGGUCAUACCAUGCAAGUCAACCAGUUCUCUUGGAGCUUUCGAUGAACUCUUUAAGGUUCACUUUGUAUUUGGUACCAUGUACAAUCAGAUACUCCACAACAUGUACACCUUCCUACAGACCACUGUGUACAACAUAGACAUCGGAAAAGUCCAUGAGAGUCCACGUGUUGCAGAGACUCAUUUUGUGAGUACCAACAUGCUUGUGAGGCAUAUGCGAUUGAUUCAUGGUUUCUGUCCUGGUAAAUCACUUCGCCUGAAAUGUACUCAGGCAGGAUGUUGCCAUGUUUUUUGUACCUUUUCGGGCUUCAGGAAACAUUUAAACACAAAACAUGCCAGGGAAAUUGAGCAUGAAGUCGAAACUGAUGAUAUUGUAGACAGUGAUGUUGUUGCAGAUAAUGCUCAGUCACAAGAUUUUGAAGAAGCAGCCAGUAGCUCUCAAGUUCUGCCAGUAUCCAACGUGAAUAUUCGUGAUAUGUGUGCAUCUGCUAUUGCACACCUUCAGGUUGCUGGUGUAGGCCAGUCUACUUUAAAUAGUUUUGUAUCAAAUAUGGAAGAAGUAGUACUGGAAGUACAGAGUCAAGCUAAAGAUGCCGCUUUGAAAUGCUUUUCGUCUCAGGAUACUAGUACAAAAGCAAAAAUUGAACAGAGUUUUGAACAACUUGAAAACCCUUUUACUUCACUGAAUUCCGAAUCAAAACGAAACUCGUAUUUUGAACAGAAAUGGAAAACUGUUGAACCUGUCGAAAAAGUACUUGGUGUCAGAUUUGAAAACAGAAGAAACAGAUGUACUGGAACUUACGAUCAGAUAGUUGUAACUGACAAAUUUACCUAUGUUCCAAUUCUUGAAACAUUGCAGUCUGUUCUCAGAAAUCCAAACCUCAGUGAUAUGUUUACUUCUAGCCACACGUCCAAGGACGGUGUAUAUUUCGAUUUAAAAGAUGGGUUGUAUAUGAAGAGACAUCCUCUUUUUUCUAAUGAAAAUUUUGCAUUGCAAAUUCAAUUAUUUUAUGAUGACUUUGAGACAGCUAACCCAUUGGGAUCCAAAAAAGGUAUACAUAAAUUGGGGGCAAUCUAUUUUACAUUGAGAAAUUUUCCACCAAAGUUUAAUUCGUCUUUAGUCAAUAUACAUCUGUGUGCACUUUUUCAUGCUCAGGACAUUAAAACCUAUGGGUUUGACACCAUACUUCAGCCAAUCGUUAGUGACCUAAAAUUGCUUGAAACUGAUGGGAUUAAAGUUCCCACGUUCAAAACUCCUGUUCAUGGUAGCAUUGUGCAAGUCACCGGGGAUAAUCUUGGUAUACAUGGACUCUUUGGGUUUGUAGAAUCGUUCAGUGCUCGGAAUUGCUGUUGUUUUUGUGUCAUAGAGAAAGGUGAUUUUCAAACUGUGUUUUGUGAAGAUGAAGAAAGUGUGAUAUUACGAACAAAAAACAUGCAUGCAGAACAUUGCCAUACUAUGCAAACAAAUCCACAAUUACCUCAUGUUUAUGGUGUCAAGCGUUCGUGUUUAUUGAACUCUCUGCAAUAUUUCAACACAGCUGAUAAUUAUUCUGUUGAUAUCAUGCACGAUAUUUUAGAAGGAGUAGCACAGUUUGAGCUAAAACCUGUAUUGCAGUAUGUGCAGGAGAACUUCUUAACUGCUAAAGAACUGGCUGGUAGAAUAGAGUCAUAUAACUAUGGCUACACUGAGAGGAGAAAUCGUCCCCCUGCAGUUAAGUUAUUUGAUGGGAGUAACGAUUUGGGCCUCAACGUCAUACAAUCCUGGUGUUUGUUGCGGGGUAAUCUAGGUAGCAGGAUGCGAUGGCCUUAA